AUGUCGGUUGAAGAAUCUAUUCGUAUGCUUAUAUAUAUUCAAUCUCAUCUAUUAUAUCUUAUGAAUAAAUAUCGUUCGAUUAAACAUGCUCAAAUGAUGAUCUUUUUGUUAGUUAAACCUAUACUUGAAAUAGUACGUAAUAUCAUAAGAAACUUAACAUUAGAAGAUGUACAACAUAUAGAAUAUACCAUCGAAAUGGAAGUAAAACCAUUAUCAUGUGCAUCAAGUUUAUGUGCAGCUGCUACAUAUGAUCUUACAAAGUUUGGUGAUGUCUUGAUCUUAGCAAUCACGACCAAUAAAUAG